AUGGCAGAGCUACAGCAGCUGCAGGUGCAGGAGGUGGCAGACUCCAUGGUGAAGAGUCUGGAGAAAGAGAACAUUCAGAAAAUGCAGGGUCUCAUGUUCCAGUGCAGCACCUGCUGUUGUGAAGACAGCCAGGCCUCCCUGCAGCAGGUGCACCAGUGCAUCAAGCGCUGCCAUGUGCCUCUGGCUCAAGCCCAGGCUUUGGUCAUCAGUGAGUUGGAGAAGUUCAAGGACCGCCUGGUCCGGUGCACCAUGCAAUGCAAUAACAAAGCCAAAGAUUCAACAGAUGCUGGGAGUAAGGAGCUUCAGGUGAAGCAGCAGCUAGACGGUCGUGUGACCAAGUGUGUGGAUGACCACACGCACUACAUCCCAACUACGACCAAGAAGAUGAAGGAAGCUCUCUUAGCCAUUGGGAAAUAA